CAGAGCAUUUGUUUAUUCCCGGAGUCAGAAAAAAGUUUAUCCUCUGCUAUUACUUCUUGCCCUUCUUGCUAUUGAGAUAUUCUAUUAUUCAAGUUAAUCGCUUAGGAAGUGGUUGGUUGUGAGUACAUUAAUAUUAGACAAUGUGUCCCAUUGUAGAAAACAUUUAGUUAUUUUUACGAGCUUCCAACAAAAUUCAUCCCCAAUUGUAUUAUGAAAGCCGUAAGUCUGAAUAGCAGAAAUCCUCCAUUGGGGAUCAGAUAUAAAAAUGCUGCAAUGAAAUAAGGACUGUUUUACAUCCCCUCAGCGAGGAUUUCUCAAAAUGGGGACGCUCAUAGAACUGUCUGGGAUUAGAUAUUUACCUCUGAGUGCAGUGAAGUUGAUUAGGCAAAAGAUCACCUUAUUGCCACCAGCCACACUUCAAUUUUCCCUCUAAAAGAGGCAAUUUUUGAAAUUUUCUACAAAAGAAUAUGAAUAUGAGAGGAUGUUUAGUAGAACAACAGCUUCGGACAAGUGUGCUUUUAAUUAAUUGUCUACUAGGGGCAAAAAGAUAGAUUCCCUGGUAUUGACAGCUCAAUUUAACGGGAUGAGUCUUAUGUGAUAAAUCCUUCAUACGUUGUUUGCCAAAACUUUACCGAGAACAUGAAAAUGGCCAUGGAAACGACAUCAGGACAAUUCCAUAGUUCGUGAGUACAUUUUGCCAGAUUUCACUACAAUUCGUCGGGUAUAUUUGCGAGAGAUUAUUCAUAAGGAAGUUGAUCAUCAUUCAUCACACUAUUGUAGUCAAUAAUGAAAGACUUCCUAUUCCUGAACAUCUCUUUCAUUUUUCUGGUAUUGGGAUCCAGGAUAUGGGUUUACCAAAUACUGUCAUGAAUGAUUUAACAGCCUCUCCGCCUGAGACAUUUGAGCACCUCUUGAGCAAUCCUAUUUUUGUAGUGGAUCAGCGGGAUCAGCUCAUUAUCUUGGAAAAACCAAGAUUUUAGCAAGAAUUUCGAGCUCUGGUUUUUCAAGAGUACAGAGUCCAUGUCAAAAUUGCCUACAAGGCUGCUUCUUCUGCUUGGUAGGAUGGAAAAAAAAUAGCCAGAGCCGGGACUCCAAGAAUGAACGAAUUUCUAGAAUGUCGGAAAUCUAGAUAAUUAUCCGUAAGAUGUGGAGGCUGAUCAGGCAACGCUUAAGUCUAUAAUAGGCGUUGAUCAUACGCCAUUUCACUUAAUUCUCUGACGUCCGGAAGAGCGUAAUGGCGGAGAUGGCAGUGGUGCCCUCCCUGUAACGGAAGAUUACACCAUGUUGAUCAGGUCAGGAAAAUGUUCCACGUAAUCUUCUUGGCAAUGGCUGGGAUGCAAAUGAUGUCUUUCGUAAUGAGAACGAUGACAGCUGAUAACGUACUCUGAGUGCUCAACUUCCUCACCCUGAAUAAGCACAAACUUUUGGGUAUUAUGGGUGGCCCAAUCAAUGGUGAUCCGGCACCGGGCAGGUCACCUGGUCCACCUGCUGGGAUUUCAGUCGUAGAAGGGAUGCAUGGUGAUAUUGUUGAGAACACCCCCACGCUUUUGCUCAUGAAAGAUCCCAAAGAAUACGAUGAAGGAGAUCUAGUGACAAAUUCGUCAAUAAUUCUAGAGUGUACAUCGUCAGUACGUGAUUUUUUUGUGGAAUCCUUCGUUAAUGGAAGGUCAAGUGGGAAGUUUAUCGAUUCGUCGGAUCGUGGUAAAUCAAAUUCAGGAGGGUAUCGCUGGGAACAGUUACCAUUUGGAGCAAUGUCUAUGUCUUCCUUGAGACGUGAAAAUCAAGAAGAUGGAUCGUUUGUAGCACCAUUGCAAAAUUCUUGGCAUCGGCAUUUUCAUAAGGAAUUCCGUACAAUACGGAAUUCAGAUGAUAAACAUGCAGUCAACUGCCCUGGAAAUACGUGGUCACAAAGCGUUGUACAUGGUGAUGAGAGAUUUUCGACGAAAUGGAGUGAAAAUGGGGCAAAUAAUGAUUCUGCUAGUCAAGUUUUAUUUCGAGUUUCAUAUAGAACUGACGUGUCCCAUGAAGCAGUGUUUGAAAUGGAAAUUUCACUAAAAUUGCUUGAAGAUUGUAAACUCUACCUGAGACACUUGAGUGGAUCCUUUGAAUCCUCAUCAAUGCCAAUCCAACAGCUAGAUUGCUAUGUGUUCUUUCCAUCUCAGUUACCCGAAAUUUUCACGUCAGGAUCAACAAAUUCCUAUUCAGGGCUUUUGGUUUUUCUCACGAGACUUAAUGUUCAGUGUAGCGAAGGCGGUUUUGUGGAGUUUAGUGGACAUGGGAAGUUGUGUGGUAAACUCGAGGAAUUAGCACAUAACGAGAGAAGUUACUACUUUACUGAUCAUAUAGACACUUCGAUGCGCAUAGUGAAUCAUCCAUAUUUCACAUUGGACUAUAAAAAUGUUGAUUAUUGCUAUAAUGUAACUCUAAGUCAACUCAAUCAAACAUUUUUUCUCCAACCCACCGGCUCUCUCGAAUGCUACUUCAAAAUUCACCUGCCUUUUGGCUACAGGAUAAGUCUAUUACUAACAACAAAUGCUCACAAUCUUAAUGAGUCAAUAAAGCGUGAAUUUGUAGAUUUAGGCAGUCAAAGUAAACCACAGACCACGAGUGAUACUAGUACCAUUUGCAAUGACAAUUUCGAUGGACUACAGGUGCAGAUCCAUGAUAAAAAUUCAGAUAGAAGAUGGAAAUACUGCUACAGUGAGUUUAUUGCCAGUCGCAAGAUCACAUUGAUCUCCAGUGAUAAUUCACUCGUGGUGGCUGUACGGAAGCACACCACGAAUAUUCUAAAGGCAUCACCUAAAUCCCUUAUGAAUGGUGAUACAAAUCAACCGUCCCUCCAAAUUGAGUAUAGUGCUCAAAGUAUUGAAUCAAUUGUUUCACAAUGUGCCUUCGGUUGGAUAGCAUGUCAGCAAUUUUGCAUAAGUGCCAUCGAGGGAAUGCCUCUCUCAUGGGCUGAAGCUGAGGCUGAGUGUGUUCGACGUGGGGGACAUUUGGCCUCAAUUAAGUCCGAGCAAGAACAGCGAAUUGUGGAUAAACUUCUAAUUAAAAGUCCUGGAUACAAGGAUCACAUGGCGUAUUGGAUUGGAGCCUCUGAUAAGGACUUUGAGGGGGAUUUCCGUUGGAGCGAUGGACUCCCAUUUUCAUAUACAAAUUGGUUCCCUGGUUGGCCAAAAUACAAAGAGUACAAUCGUCAGCCAAACGAUGAUGGAUUGAGUAGCCAAGAUUGUGUGGAGAUGCGUCGAUUAUUUCGCUUACCACCUGGAAAUCAGCCCAGUCAGGCACCUUUGACGGCAUCAUUCAUGUGGAAUGAUCGAGACUGCAAAACAGAUAAUUAUUUUAUUUGCGAACGUCCGAUGAUUGACGACCCUGUUAUGGAUACUCAAUGGAGAAAUGACUGCAACAAAUCCCUUCAACUAAACAGUGAACAUCCAAAAAUUAAUGUCUGGAGUCCGGGAUUUCCUAAUCCGUAUCCAGACAAUGUAAACUGUUUCACAUUAAUCACAGCGCCACCUACAUAUAGGAUUAUAAUUGAUUUUGAGGAGUUGGUUCUUGAGGAUGAGCCACAGUUUAUCUGUCUGCCUGUAUUUCUAAAGAAAGAAAAGGUUCCUCAGUUUCCGAGAAAGCUAGUUAUUUUUACCUUUUCAUUUACAUUCAUGGGGCUACAGGACUGGUUGCCUGGAGAAUCAAUAUUCGAUGGGACUACGAAGGAAAAACAAUGUGUAGGGCUUCAAUGGAAGAUGUCUCCAACUCCCAUGCUUCCAUCAGGACUAUACUGGUCAUCGCAGCGUUGUUCAUUUCUUGGAGGAUAUGUGUGUAAAAAGACUCCCCAAAAAACCGAUAGUGUACGUUUUCGCAAUCAUACUGUAACAGGAACAGAAGGACGUCUGAUAUCGCCUGGCUACCCCAAUUCCUAUCCACCUAAUAUGGAUUAUGUAGUGAAGAUUGUAAGUCCUGAGCGAACGAGAAUUGUAGUCCAGUUUCAGCGAAUUGAUUUGGAAGCCCAGGAUGAGUGUCUAUAUGAUUAUGUGAGUGUAGGAAAUGGUGACAUGGGAUCAGAUCUUGAUCCAGGGACUAAUCCUAUUCCCAUGGCAAUGCUCACGGAUGUAUUUAAUGAAUGGCGUCAGCAAAGGAAGAGAUCUGUGGCAGUGGAGGUCACUGAACAAAGUCUGAAAGCACAUAUAAAAUUGCUUGCAAGCACAAAUCGAUUUGUCAUUUCGCGACUUUUGGAGAGGCGAAAAAGAAUGGCUGGAAAGAGUGGAAUAGACAAUUUUCCAUCAUAUUCAUCAUAUGUUCGAUGGUGCGGCAGCUACGAUAGCAAUAUGUCCCGAUUUAACUUCAUUUCUACUACAAAUCAGGCUGUAGUGCACUUUUAUACUGACUAUUCAAUUUCUGGGGUUGGAUUUUCAGCUACGUGGACGGCUGUUGAUAUUACAGGCUGUCCUGAACAGACACUAACUUCGAAGGAGGGCAGUUUUAUGAGUCCGAACUAUCCUCACUUUCUCUUAAAUCAGCUUGACUGUGCUUUCAUGAUCCAGGCGCCAUUGGGCAGAAAAAUAUGGCUAGAAUUUACCGAUUUUGACAUAAUUGAUGACGCUUCGGUUAUUAUUGAUUUGGGAGAUGGAGAGUUUCAUCCUUUUACUGUUUCAAAUGUUCUUAAUGAUGGAGUUUUUCUUAGCGCUUUUGAGAAGCUGAAAAUUUCUCUUAAAACUGGUACGAGGCCGAGAGGACGAGGCUUUAGAGCGACAUACAAAACAAUUGCUUAUCCUGUAACUGAAGAACGUACACUUCAUUUACUAAAUGCGUCAAGUGGUGGUAUCCUGCUGCAUCUAAAUUAUCCACUUCCUCUGCCACCCGAUGUGGAUUUUAUGCAGCACUUAGUCGUGGAGUUGGGUGAAGUGAUAACACUUGAAUUGCAUGAUGUCAGUAUUAGUGAUGGGGAAAAGUGCUCAAAGGGUAGUACUUUGGAAAUCUACGAUAAUUAUGCGGACAACAAUGGCACACUGUGGGUUCUAUGCUCAAUUCAUACAGAUCAACAUUUUCCCACAAUCUCACAUCAUAGCUAUACACCAAUUUUCAUAACAUCUUAUCUCAACACCCUUCAUAUACGCCAACGUACGAAGAUGGGCAUUGAUGGUGUUCUACUCAAUGCUACUGUUAAAAUUCAUCCGGAUGUCAAUUACAAGCCCAAACUGGCAUCACGAGAGACAUGGGUGGAGUCAUGUCAGCCAAAUCCAUGUCAAUUUGGCGGAAAAUGUGUUACAAAUGGGAAUGUAAAGAGAUGUCAAUGCCAAGGGCACUUUUCCGGCAGAUUCUGUGGUCUCACUAUCUGUGAUUUUGAUCCUUGCAUUUUUGGCCAGUGUGAACUGACAGUUAACAAUUUCCGUUGUAAUUGCCUGCCAGGAUAUAGGGGUGAUACAUGUGAUCAGAAGCAAAAGCCAUGUGCUGAUAAUCCAUGCCAAGGACGUGGAGACUGCUUCGAAAAGAAUAGUGGCUUCUUCUGUCGAUGCCAUGCCUGGUGGGAGGGUCAAAGGUGUGAAAGGAAGAUGAUUCACAUUCCCUACAAGCCACUUUCAGAAAGAAUGCUCCAAGAACCUUUUUGGUUAGGCUUAAUUACCGUUUUUGUCGUCCUUGCUAUAAUUGGUCUUGUAUGGUGCGCCAAGAGGCAUUUUCCUGAGAAGAUCGAGAAACUUCUUGCAGAGGAAGCAGAUCGAAAUAGACCGUCUGGCUCUUCACUUCAUUCUCAUCAUACAUCCCUGAGGGAACAACUCCAGUUCACCUCGUCCAUUCCUCAAGCAACCAUCACGACACCUGGUGUUCCAAGAUCAAUCUUCGGCCGGCUGGGAACACCAUCUCCAAGAAAAAAAAGAAAUAAUUCAACACCCACACGAAAGAAUGCUGCUGAAAAGAAACAAAUUCUUCAGCAGUUGAUAUCACCAGCUCCAUCGUAUCCGACUGAGCCAAGGCCAAAAUUGAGCUUGGGAGAGCUUAUUCAGCUUUCGGACAAUCAUUUAAAACCGAAUAUUAACAGUGAGAGCAAUUUAAAGGAAACUACUUUUACGGAUAAUUCCUUAUCAGCUUCAACAUCAGCUCUCAGGCCAAUGGCCAUGUCUGAUCCAAAGCUAGAGAAAAAGGUGACUUUUGCGAGGCUAUUAAGUAAAGUUUCUGCAGAGAUAAGCUCAGGAUCUGAUAUGGAAGUUGGAGCUCUCAAUAAUGCCAGUGGUUUGAGUCUUCCAGUUGAUAUUCCGAUUAGAGCCAGUUCUGUGCCUCCUUCACCUUGCAUAAAUGAGAUUCGAUCACCACACAGCACAUCCUCUAACCAGGGUAGUGAUUCUCUGUCAAGCUCGGAUUUAGCUCUAGCUGAUAUUGGUAGAACAAACAGGAGGAUAAAAUCAAAAGUUUCAAGUGCGGAUUCUAUUCUAGCAAUGUUCAAGAAUUUUGCGUCCUCCAAUGCUGCUGCCAAUCUCAAUCCAUCAUGUGUUAUUUCUCCUUCAACCACUCCAACUGCUUCUAGUCCUCAGGAUGAUGCUCCUGGAGAUGAUGAUUCUUCCACAUCGUCAAUGCACACACCAAUUAGCUUCUCUAGUGGAGCUCCUGAUUCUCCAGUAUUUUACCGUCAAAGUACCAUUGAAGUACCUGUUUUGGAUCCCUUGAGUGUUCAUAAAUCUCCCAGUUCAAAUCUUCUUCACCCCCCAAGUAUUCACUUAGAGAUUCCAUCGGGAGGAAAUGGAUCAAUCAACAAGUGCUUGUCUCCCAUUCGAGAAAUGCCUACUCCAAUGCCUUCACCUGCCCUUACUCCAAUCAUGCCCAGGCCUCAGAGGACUAGAAGUCCAAGUCCACACGAUGAUCCACUUUCAGGAAGUUUCAGCGAUGAGGAAAAUAAUAAAUUUGACAAUCUCUCUCAGCAAGUUAUGGUUACUUUUCAUCCGGAUAAUACACGAACGGAUUCAGAAGUUGAGAACUUUUCCCUUGACACUCCAACUUCAGAGCCAAUUUCUACACAUUCUAUAAGAAGAAGUAAAUUCCAGAAGCGUGCUCCUGCAAUGUCCAUUUCUAUUGACAUUGACCCACCUACACCAGAGCAAGAAACUGACCGUAAAAUGUCACCUAAUCGUCCGAGAGAGCUCGUGAUUCCCACCUUGACCAUUGAAACUCCGAGUCCCACGAAAACAGCCCCAUCAGUGCAACUCUUUCCAGGAUCUCCGCCACCGCAGCGGGCCAGUAUAGGGGAAACCAGCUUUCUCUUCCCCAAUAAGCAGCAACAGAAACGAUUGCUCAAACAGCUGGAAAAACCAACAUCUCUUGAUUUGCCUUUUACACCACCCUUGAUUACUAUCACUUCCAAUAUGAGUGAAGUGGAGUCUGAUAUGGAGAAUAUGUCUCCAGCUCCUGGAAAGAUGCAGACAAAUGCUCAUUUGGGAGUGCCUGGAACUACGGGAAUGUGCUAUUUGAGUCCUUUCACAAGUGUCACAAGGAGUGAUAGAACAACAUCUGAGGGAAAUUUGAGCUCGUCGGGAUAUUCAAGUAUGGCCAGUCCAGGACCAAGUAGAUGUAAUUCCAAUAAUCCGCUAUGUCCUAGCGAGAAUGAAGAGCCAGGAAAUGGAUCUUCAGGUUCGGGAUUGAGUGUUCCAUCGAUACAUAGUGUUCGCCGACAAGGGAUUUUGUUUAAAGCUUGCCAAUCAACUACUUCAACUGGUACAGGGAAUUCUGGCACAAGGGAACAUCAUAAUAGAAUAAGAAAUCGGUCAGAUUCUGAGACACUAAGUGAUGAAGCGCUCCUUGAGUCGAAUGAUGAAGGUAUUGGUACUGAUCAUAUUGAUGAGAAAAUUGAUGAGGGUGAAAUAAGGAGUGCUAGAGAUUUGGAAGUGUAUUUGGGAAAGGAGUUGAUUGAAAAUGGAAAGAGCAUUCUGGAGGAACCCGUAGCAAUGGCACAGCUUCAAUUACCAUCAAUUGUUAUACAAAGUGACAUUGGUGAAAAAGCAUUAUCACCAGUUUCUUCAAGGUCCGAGAGUCCUUUAAGUGAGAGAAUGACGGGUAUGGGAAGAUUUUCGCCACUGUUUUAUGGCAAGAAGGAUCAACAGUUACCAUUUACGGAUUCGGAUGGAUUAUAUGACUUCCCUUCGUCAGAUGGUAAAGGAAACACCAUGACGACCAAUCACAGGAAGAAUACUGGAAAGAGAAGAGAGAGAAAGAGUUCUUUUAGAGGACACAAUCAAUCACCCAGCAAGAGCACAACGCACUUAGAGUUACCCAAUAAGGACAUGCAAACCCAGCAUAAUACACAAAACUCAAAGUAUCACCAUGGUAUUUUUGGGACGAGCAGAAAAAGUCCCAAAAGACGACCACUACGGCUCCAUGUUGCAAGUAGUUCAUCGUCAUCAGAGAGUCUUCUUUCACCAAUGGACAUUUCUCCAAAAAUCAAAUUAACAUCGUCUCUAACAAAGACGACUUGUCUCACAUACUCUCCAGUAAGUGUUGGUCAAUUGGAUUCUGGAGAGGAGGUUGAAGAGACUUUGCUCAGUGUCACGAAAUUUCAAGAUACUACAGCAUGCACCGUACCAACAAAAAAAAAUCAUAAACUUCGUGCUAUUGGAAAUCAGAUAAGAUUUCUGAAACGACUGGAACAAUCGAUAAAAAAAAGGCAUCAUCAUGUUUCACCAACGGAUAGUUGCAAUGAAGAUAACAAUGAUAAUUUGGAUUCUACACUUAUAACGUCGCCACGGUCGCCACUUUUGAGAAUAUCUACAACUCAGUUGAAAGCUCGCUCACAACCUUUUAAAGUAGUCACCAAACAGAAACGUGUAGUUCAUUUAUAUGAGAAUCAAAAUGCUACUCCGAAGGAGCGACACAGUCUUUCACCCAGUGAUAUUGUUAGCGAAUAGGAGUAAAGUAAAAAAUAGUUUGAGCUUAACGUUUCCAUGAUUUCUUAAAUAUAAUAACUGAGUUUUAAAGAAAGAGAGAAAUUUACUAUAUGGGAAAUAAGGGUAUGUGUAAUUAAGUAUAUAGUACAUUUUAUGAUUAAAAUAAAAAUAACUCAAUUAUACCCAGUUGAAAUUAGUACUUAGAUAAUAGAUGACAUUAUCACAAAAUUUAUUUUAAAUACUAGACAAAACACAUAGACGUGUCUCAUAUAAAGAUAAAUAUUUCACCCUUCUCAUUUUAUGUGGUAAUAGAGAUAAUACAUAAUAAUUUAAAUGGAAAUUUUAACCAAAAGCUUAAGUUUCGUCAGAACAGUAGUACAUCAAUAUAGCAAUGAAAUAGAUAUUUAUGUUGAAAAAAGCUCUAACAUUACGUUAAAUAAUGAAAUACUACGAUAUCGUUAUCCCGAUUGUUAUGCCCAACUCACAAUAACUUUUGUUUUAUAAACAUGUUUUUGAGUUUUCAGUGAGAGUGAAUAACAUAUGAAUAUCUUUCACUCUCAUAGGAAAAUUAAAAAAAAAAUGUUUAUAAACAAAAAUUAUUGUGCGUUGGAUAUUAUGCCCAGCGCACAAUAACUUUUGUUAGUAAACAUGUUUUCUAAACUUCCUAUGAGAAUGAGCAAGAUGACUAGACCUAUAUCUCACUCACUCUCAUUGAAAUGUCAAAAACAUGUUUACUAAAUAAAAGUUAUUGUGCGUUGGGCAUUAUGCCCAGCGCACAAUAACUUUUGUCUUGUAAACAUGUUUUCAAAAAUGCCUAUGAGAGUGAGCGAGAUAACUAGAUCUAGAUUUCAUUCUCUUUCAAUGAGAUUUCAAAAUUAUACAACAAAUAGUAAUUGUGCGCUGGACCUUACUAAUUUGCUGUCCAUUUUUAUUUAUUUCCUUUAUAAACUCUUCGUUUAAUAUUUUGAAACACCACACAUUUUUUCAAAAAAAAAAAAAAGAAAAAUAAUAAUAAUAAUAAGCAGAAUUGUACGAAGAAUCACUUCGGUGGAUUGUUUUUAUCAUUAAUUUUGUCUUGCAGCCUUUUUUGCAAAAUAUUGUUUAUAAAAUAUGAAAGAACUAAUGAAUUCAACAACGUAUGUGUGCAGUUUAUUAUAAUUUAUUUUCUUUAACAUACAGGUCGUCUGGAAAAUGGACGUAGCGACGCUUAUAAAUUAUUGAUAAACAAUAUAAUUAAAAAUUAUAGUCGUUUGAAUCUAUAUUAAUUUUUUCCCAUUGAGAUAUUCUUUCGUAUGGAAUACAAAAUAUUUAUAAUUGAAAUCAACGUCAUGCAUUUUUCAAAAUUGAAAAAUUUGAGCUUUAUAAAGUGUUAGGUACUGUAAAAUCAGUAAAAUUAUUCAAUUUUGUGCAAUUCUUUCAAGUUUUUCUUGAAUAUUUUCAAAGUUAGUUGAGAUUUAUGAAUGGAAAAAUUAUCCAGUAUAAACUACACAUCUCUGAAACACAGCCCCAUGAUGGAAGUAAAGUCUCAUUGGACAAGGGGGAAAAUUUCUUGUAUGUGGCACAAAGUUGUAAACGAAAGUUUCUCAGGAAAAUGGGUGUUGAAUUUAUAAUAUUGUGUUUAGGUAUUACAGGGUGUAUCACUAUGCAAUUAGAGAGUCAUUGGACUAAAUCUAUUGAAUUUAAGGUAAGGGACUUAAAAAUAAAAUUAGUUUUUUAAUGUAAAAUACGACUUUUUUUCAGCCGACCUGUAUAAUUACCUUCUGUGAUAUUGAUAAAUUUUGAGAAAUAUAACUAUGUUUAUUUAAAUCAAACGUUAGUCUCAACCUAUCAAAAAUAUAAAAUUUAAUUAAAUUAAUAAAAAUAAAUUCUGACAAUCUUUCAAUUAAAUUUUUAUAAAUCGAAAAAAAAAAGUGUACACCCGCGUUGGAAUACUAGUGAUUUUGUUUGAUUUUAGAAAACAAAAUCCGGUGAAUGUAUAAGCAACGAAUCCGAAUCUCACAUGACGUGUUUUAGAUAAAAGCAAAAUAAAUAAAAUUUUAAAGAAAGAAAGAGAGAAAGAGAGAUUGAAACAAAAUUAGGCGAAUUAAAAUACCGUGGGCCUUUAAGCGCUUAUUGUAAAUUGUAUCUUAAAUCUUUUCUCAUAUAAAAUUUAUUAAUUUUGAAAUUGGCCUGUUAUUGGAGACUGAUGAAUGAUUUAAUUUCCACUAAUGGAAGAUAAAUAUUAUAACGUGGAUAUUUCUUGAAAAAAAAAAUAUUUUCUCAAAAUGGAAUGUUGAGAUUUUUUUCCUCUUACCACAAUAUUUUUCCACAUAUUAUAUUAUAGGUGUGAUUAGAAGGAACCCCACCUAAAAAACACACUGAAGUAAAUGUAAAAGAAUUACAUGGGAAAUGAAAAAGGGGAAAACCCAAUAAUGCAAUUCUUGCAUAUAAAUUUCUGUGAUAAAAAUCAUGAGAAAAACAAGACAUAUUUUCAAUUUUUCCUCCGCAGGUUAAAAGGAAAAUUGGUAACAAAAUAUAAAAAAAAAUAAAAUAAUGAUGUCGGAAAAAUGUUUAUUUGGAAUAUUUUUCAAAGCCAGUGCUCUAAACAUAUUUUACUGAGCAAUAAAAAUUAACACUUAAAAUGAUUAGGUGUGGCAUUUAUUUGAAAGAUUACUUCUGCAUAAAAUCAGAGAAAAUCUGUCAAAUAAAACGAAAUAAUUCUGGUAGUGAAGAAAAUACGAUGAGAUAUAAAAGCUAUUAAAAAGUAUCACGUACUACUAAUAUAGCAAAACAUCAUGAUGAGAAUCACAGAAAAAUUAUAUUUUAAAUUUUUUGUGAGAUAUUAAGCACGUAGAAAAAAGAAUCACAUCGAUCACUAUUUUCAUAGAUCACCAAUAAUAUAUGGUUAGUGUGAUCCUUAUGCUCCACUUCACUUUAUUUGUGAUGUUCUAAUGUCAUACCAAAUGUAAUUGUUAAUCAAAAUAAAAAAGAACUUAAUUGAA